GAGCCAAGCAGGCUGCCUCGGCCUGUGGCUCCGGAUCUGGAGCGUCCUGACACUAUGCUCCAGAUGACACUCUAAGAUCUAAUUUUAUUAACACCCAUCAUGAACCGAAAGAAGCUGCAGAAGUUGACGGACACCUUAACUAAAAAUUGUAAGCAUUUUAAUAAAUUUGAAGUGAAAUGUCUUAUAACACUUUUCUAUAAUUUGGUGGGAGACAUACCAGAGAGGCCAGGGGUAGUCACUGGACUAGAUCGCAAUGUAUUUCGGAACAUCCUGCAUGUGACAUUUGGAAUGACAGAUGACAUGAUUAUGGACAGAGUAUUUCGAGGCUUUGAUAAAGACAAUGAUGGCUGUAUAAGUGUAUCAGAGUGGGUUCAUGGAUUAUCACUGUUUCUUCGAGGGACUUUAGAUGAAAAAAUGAAAUAUUGCUUUGAAGUAUUUGAUCUGAAUGGUGAUGGCUUCAUUUCAAAGGAGGAGAUGUUCCACAUGUUGAAGAACAGCCUUCUCAAACAACCCUCUGAGGAGGACCCUGAUGAAGGGAUUAAAGAUUUGGUUGAAAUUACACUUAAGAAAAUGGACCAUGACCAUGAUGGGAAGCUGUCUUUUGCAGACUAUGAGAAGGCCGUGAGAGAAGAGACUCUUCUGCUGGAAGCCUUUGGGCCAUGCCUGCCUGAUCCAAAGAGUCAGAUGGAAUUUGAAGCCCAAGCAUUCAAAGAUCCACAUGAAUUUAAUGAUAUCUGAAUUCCUAAAUGUAUUGUUGUGAGUAAGUACAAAAGGAGCCAUAUUAAUGUCAUCUGUUCUUCUCAGCUCAGAAGAUGCCGUGGUGAGAUUCAAUUCCCUUGUAUGUAUUUUAGUUCAGGACAUCUUCAGAGAUGCUGUGUUUGGCAAGAGAGGUUGACAUUGUUAAAGCUACUUCACCACAUGGACUCUGUUAAGACACAUACCUGUCAUAAAUCUCCAGAUUAAUUAAAGCAGUGAACAAAUUAUAUAGUCAUCACUUAUGGAUACAAUCUAUAUGUCAGAAAGAGUUUGAUUAUACAUUGAAAUAUUGUUGCAACUCCAGAGUUUCCUUCAUAGCAAUGGGUGAUGAAGA